UGUUUAAAUAUUUACAAUGAAACAAUUUUAUUCUGAAAACCAAUACCGGAAGUAUAUCCGGAAAUUGACCCCAGAUUAGCGUGUAGCUUUGGCUGCAUCUACUAAAAACUAGGUAUCAUCAGUGACAUGACUUCGUGAUACGACAAGAUGUUUAAAAGACACAUUUUGGCUUUUGAGUUGAUUUUUUCUGGGGAAAUGUGCUCAUUGUCUCCUUAUUCAGACCCUAAACUGUAGCAAGAAGUUCAGCGUGUUAAACACAAAGAAACCGGCUGUCCUGGAAGUGAUUCCAUCCUGAAAGAGCAUGGACACAUCCAGCCUGGAUUCUUGGCCCCAGAGGACCAGUGAAGCAUCCCAGGUUUUCCAUGCGGCGGACCAGGCCACCGACCUGCUGGAAGGCCUCAACGAGCAGCGGCAGCAGCGGCUGUUCUGUGACGUGACGCUGGUCGCCGAUGAGCAGCGGGUCCCCGCCCACCGGGCGCUGCUGGCCGUCUUCAGCCCCUAUUUCCGGGCUAUGUUCACCUCGGGCAUGAGAGAGGAGCACCAGCCGGAGGUGAAGCUGGUUGGGGUGUCUCCCGUUGGUCUGAAGGCCGUGGUGGACUUCCUGUACAGCGGAGAGCUGUCGCUGGACAGAGAAAACAUUGGUCAGGUGCUGCAAGUCGCACACCUCCUGCAGGUGUGGCUGGUGUUGGACUUCUGCUGCCGCUACAUGGAGCAGGAGGUGCGGGAAGACAACUACCUGUACCUCCAGCAGCUGUCUCAGCUCUACAGUCUGGAGAAACUCGACGAGUCCAUCGACCAGUUCAUCCUGGAACAUUUCGCCACCCUCUCCCUCACCCCGGACUUCCUCCAAAAAAUCCCUUUGCACAAGCUCGCCUCAUACCUCUCCAGUAGCCAGGUGCAGCAUGACAGCGAGCAGGCGCUGCUGGACGCCUGCCUGCGGUGGCUGGGCCAGCGGCCGGAGCGGGCCGCCCACGCCUGCCAGCUCCUGUCGCACGUCCGCUUCCCGCUGAUCCCGGCUGACCGGCUGCUGGGUCAGGUGCUGCCGGCGGUGCAGGGCCUGCUGCCCGGGGAGGCCCCCUGCAGGGCCCUGGUGGAGGAGGCCGUGGCCUACCACGCCAGGCAGAGCGCCCAGCCGCUCCUGCAGAGCAGGCGGACGGCGCUGCGGGGGGGGGCCGAGCAGCUGCUGCUCGUCGGAGGGGAGGUACGUGACGGAGGCUCACCCGCUCCUCCCGCCUUCCGACCGUUUGAGGUGCACGAGCGCGGAGGGGAGCUGAGCGCCAGCGUCUGCCGGCUGGACGGCCGGACGGGCAGCUGGGAGGCGGAGGCCGAGCUGCCGGCCGGGCGGAGCCACCACUGCCUGGCCGUGCUGGGGGGCUUCGUCUUCGCGGCCGGAGGCAGCUGGUCAAGGGACAGCGGAGGGGACGCGGCCUGUGACCUGCUCUUCAGAUAUGACCCCCGCCACAACCGCUGGACCAAGGUGCAGGGCGCUUCGAUGAACCAGCGCAGGGUGCACUUCUACCUGGGGGCCGUGGGGAAGCGCCUGAUCGCCGUCGGGGGGAGAAACGACGGCGGAGUGCUGUCCUCUGUGGAGGUCUACUGUCCAGCCGAGGACCGCUGGUCCUACGUGGCAGAACUGCCUCGGUUGACGUACGGCCACGCCGGGACGGUCCACCGGGGCGUGGUCUACAUCUCUGGGGGCCACGACCACCAGAUCGGCCCGUACCGCAGAGACUUCCUGAGCUACGAGCCGUCGGGGGACGGGGGCGUCUGGGCGGAGCGCCCGGCCAUGUCGGUGGCCCGGGGCUGGCACUGCAUGGCCUCCCUCCACCACGUCUACGCCAUCGGCGGCAGCGACGACCACGCCGACACCACCGAGCGCUUCGACAUCCUCCAGGUGGAGUCCUACGACCCGCAGGGCGGCCAGUGGACCCGGGUGGCGCCCCUGCUGCUGCCCAACAGCGAGGCGGGGCUGGCCGUGUGGGGGGGGAGGAUCUACGUGCUCGGGGGCUACAGCUGGGAGAGCAUGGCCUUCUCAAGGGUCACUCAGGUGUACGACCCUCGCAAGGGAUCGUGGUCCAGAGGACCAGACCUGCCCAAGCGCGUAGCGGGCGCGUCGGCCUGCGUGUGCACGGUGAAGCCCUCCCCAACAGCCGCGCGGCCACACAGGAAGAAAACGGGGGCCGGGGUGAAGCCCACGUAACAGAAGGGGUUA